GAAUCUGGGUUGUAUUCUUGCUUCAACAGUGUUUGAACGGAAUAGAGCCCAACUCUCGCAAAAGCCUCCUUUUUUUUGAAAACAACUACUUUUAUUUUGAUUUAAACAACCUUUUGUGUCGGAACCAGUGCAGGAUGACUUCCCAAGUGCGCCAGAAUUACCACCAGGAAUGCGAAGCCAGCGUCAACCGGCAGAUCAACAUGGAGCUUUAUGCCUCCUAUGUCUACCUGUCUAUGUCUGCUUACUUCGAUCGGGAUGAUGUGGCGUUGAAGAACUUCGCCAAGUUUUUUCAGGAGCAGUCCUACGAGGAGCGGGAGCAUGUGGAGAAGCUGAUAAAGUUCCAGAACCAGCGUGGAGGACGCGUUAUUCUCCAGGAUGUUUCGAAACCUGACCGAGACGAGUGGAGCAAUGGCCUCGAGGCUCUGCAGUGUGCCCUUCACCUGGAAAAGACCGUCAACCAGUCUCUCCUGGAGCUCCACAAACUUGCCGCUGACAAGAACGACCCUCAUAUGUGCGACUUCUUGGAAACCCAUUACUUGCAUGAGCAGGUCGAAGCCAUAAAGAAGCUUGGAGACAUGAUCACCAAUCUGACUCGCAUGGGGGCGCCCCAGAGCGGCAUGGCGGAGUACCUGUUUGACAAGCAUACACUGGGCAAGAGCAGCUAAAUCACCAAACCUCAGGAAAUCAGUGUGCCUACGUUUCCACUUUCAGUAUACGUCAAUAACUUUCUUGAUAGGUUUUUUAAUCGUGAGUCUGUUUUGGUAAUGUCAUUUUUGAAUUGGAUGUUAACUUGUUUGUGAAUUAAGUGAAAGGGUAAAUCUAAUGUGAAACUUUUCAAUUUUUGUACCUGGUUUUUAAUUAAAGAAAAAAGACCAAGUUGUUGUAAACCAUGUGGCACAACUGUUGAGGAUCUGUGGCUAAAUAAAAGUUGGUAAAGGUU